AUGGAACAUGACUGCAGUGAUGUUUUGAGAUUGGGCCUGUCGCGCGGGUCGGGCGUGUACAGAAUCACGCCCUGGAACACACAGAGGGAAGUGGAUGUUUACUGUGAUAUGGAUACCGAGGGUGGGGGAUGGACGGUAUUUCAAAGACGCUUGGACGGAUCUGUGAACUUCAACAGGAGCUUUGCGGACUACGAGCAGGGUUUUGGCUCCUUGGAUGGUGAAUUUUGGCUCGGCCUAAGUCUUCUGUACUCAAUGACAAGCCGGGAUAACAUGACGUUGCGCGUCGAUGUUAGCUUGCAGGACGGAACUACUGGAUUUGACGAGUAUUCAGGGUUCUUCAUUUCUGAUCCAGACCGUUACGUGUUUAACGUAAAUGAGAGGAUCAACUCCAUGGGAAUAAAUUUCAUUUGGACAAGUAUGAUAUUGUUACGUCCGUUCGCCAUUGCUGCCCUGGUAAUUUUAGCGACCUGUGAGGAAGACAGGUUGAGAAAAUUAGAGGGACAAAUGAUAGAGAUGAAAGCUUUCCAGUCGUACGUAAUGGCGAGGCUGAACACAAUUGAAGGAGAUGUUGGUACAAUGACUAAUAGAGUUUCAAAGCUUGAAUCACAUUUUAUCACAUCCGAUAACGAUAAUUCAAAGAUUGACAGUAUCAAAUCAAUAACCGGGCAUACUUUAGGAGAUAUAUAUACAAACACUGAAAUAAACGACAUAACAAAAACUCUCACAAUGUAUAAACAUUCAUUUAAAAAGCAUAAAAAGGAACUCAUUAAUGUGAAAAAUGUUUUCAAAGACACAUUGUCAGCGUUUGUUUCGAACGCAUCCUCAACUGUCAGCUCAUUAGUAAACAAAGUCAGCUACCACGUGCAACACAGCGCCAAAAAUAUAUCUGCUACUUUGGAAAAGGUCAACAAUACAGUAGCUGAAAGUGGGCGAAUAUUGCGCUCUGACAUGAUGGUCACCAUCAAGGCACUUCACAGUUCCUGGAGUGACUGGUCUGCAUGGUCCAAUUGUGACAAGGGCAGCAGAAGUAGACAAAGGUCAUGUGAUGUACCUCAGCCUUUAACUAAUGGCAUUUGCAUUGGAAAUGAUACAGAUUCAGAGGAAUGUGUCAUUCACGAGUUUCUUCCAUCUGACUGCAGCGAUGUGUUAAAACUAGGCCUGUCGCGGGGGUCGGGUGUGUACAAAAUCACGCCCUGGAAUACACACAAGGAAGUGGAGGUUUACUGUGAUAUGGAUACCGAGGGUGGUGGGUGGACGGUGUUUCAAAGACGCUAUGAUGGUUCUGUCGCCUUCAACAGGAGCUUUGUGGAUUACGAGAGGGGAUUUGGUUCAUUGGAUGGAGAAUUUUGGACGGGUCUGGGUCUUCUUUACACGUUGACAAGCCGGGCUAAUAUGACGCUACGUAUCGAUAUGAGUUUACCAGACGGAACUACUGGAUUCGACGAGUACUCGGGUUUCUAUAUUUCUCCACCAGACCGAUACAACUUUAACGUUGAUAGGAGGAUGAACUCAGAAAGAAUGACCAAUUCCUAUCUACUCUCCGACAACAGUUCUCGUUGGGAUAUCAACCACCAGCCGUUUUCAACAUACGACAGGGACGUGGACAACUGGUUUGGCAAUAAUUGUGCCCUCCGACAUGGAGGAGGCUGGUGGUUUAAUGAAUGUAUGACUAAUAACCUGAAUGGACCGUACAACAGUGAUGUAUUUUAUUACUAUUCCUUCAAAGGUUCAAGACCGCGAAACCUGAAGACAUCUACCAUGAUGAUGCGAUUGAGUCAUUAAGAUUUGACUGGCGUCGUUUAUGCAUAGCAUUUUAGUAAUGUUGCAAAAUUGGAGCUUGAUGCACUUGACAUGUUUUUUUUGUUUUAAAUAAUGAACUUAUGUAUGAAAUAAUUUUCGUAUAGACCCGCUUUUCACCUAACGCUGUGAAAUGUGCAAAUUGAUUUGUUACUUAAACAUGUUUGUGGUUCGUGAAGAGAUAUACCAAUUGAAACAAACAGAAAGUCUCUUAUAGAUUGCAACAUUCGGAGCUCCUCGGCCAUUUUUUCAAAAACAACCUCGGAUGUAUAUGGACGGUUUACAUACUUAAAAAGUGGUACGUUUAAGUCCGCUGCAAAUAGAUCGCGUAGUAAUCUUAUUUAGUAGUUAAAAUUUAUGACUUAACUCUUGGGAAUCGUAAUUAUGUUUGCAAUAAUACACUUCACUGGCAAUCAAUUUAAACUGAGAGCAAUGAAUACAACUCUUAAACACUACAUUUAAUUAAUGCUUUUAUUUAAAAAAAAUACGGACUACUUCAACAGAUAUACCGGCAUACAUCCGAGGUUGUUUUUGAAAAUAAUGGCCGAGGAGUUCCGAAUGAGAUUGCAAAGGGCAAUAUGUAAUUCAUUUAUUUAAAUCAUUAUCUUGACUUAUAUCGCUCGUUAAGGUGCCUUUAACGGUAAACGUGAUAAGUACUUAUUAUUGUAAAAUUAUUAGAAAAAAGUGUUAUAAAUACAAAUUGUUAACAAAUAAUGUUGAGUAUAUGUCAUUUGUUACAACAAAUGUUUUAGAUAAGAUACUGCAAUGUGUACAUACACUUUUUACGUUUGAUUUACGUCAUUUCUGGUCCUUUGAAGCCCUUAAGUAUCAUUAUGCAAUCACUCUUCCACUCUCCAUUCAGCAUAAACACUAACCACUAACUUUUGAAAAUACUUGUGACUUUUUAAAAGCAUUUCAUUUUUGUUGUAUUUUGUUUCAAAUUUUCUGAACAGUUAAACGAACACGAACCUAUGUAAUUAAGCUUUUUGUAACACACUACAAAUAAUUGAAUACAAUUUUUGAUCAAAAUACGUUUAUUUGAUUACACUGGGGAAUAAUGCCAUUUCGAAAGUAAUAUAAAAAAACGCGCAUGCGCAGAUGAUUAUAGUUUCAUAACUCCAACGUUUGCUUUUUAAAUGCAAUUUUAAUCUGGUCCCCUACCAGUGAUAAUAUUUUAGUUUUAUAGUCUUAUGAUUGUUUUUUUUAGAUAGGUAUCAACAUGCUACAGAAGCAAAACAUUUUAAUAUCAUGAUACAAUGUCAACGAUAUUGUUUCACUGGAUAAAAUUUGGUACCAAGUUAUGAGAGAGUCUUUGUUGCAUGCAUGCAAUAUACUUAUUAAUAUAUCGAUAUACAUGUAUUAUGAAUAUUUAUGUCCGUAAAAUUAGUUUGAAUUUGUGUUUACAGCUUAGAUGACAUUUAAUUAUAUGCUUGCAGGUAUAAUUUAUAUGUUUAUCAGUGAAAUAAAUAAACAACAACAGCAAAAUAACAUUUUGGUAUUAUCCAUUGUUUUAAAAUAAGAGCCUGCUCUCAAUUCCAAAUUAAACAACCGCACACAGUGCAGAUAAAUAUAUUCAAGCAUGUUUUUACGAAAUCACGUUACGUUCGCAUACAAUUUGGUGUUUUCUAAAAAACAACAUCAACUAUCUGUCAUUUAAUAUAUUUAUAGGCAUGUAUAUAGUAGAAAAAGAUGUUUUGUUUAGGAGGAAGAUGACAUUAUAUCACAACUCAUGAACGCGCGAGUAGAAACUAUUUCACUUUUGGCAUGGCUACCCUUAAAAUAACGCUUUUAUGUGGCAUAGCUACUCGUGAAAUAUCGCUUUUAUGUGGCAUAGCUACUCGUGAAAUAUAGCUUUUAUGUGGCAUAGCUCCUCGUGAAAUAUAGGUUUUCUGUGGCAUAGCUCCUCGUGAAAUAUAGCUUUUCUGUGGCAUAGCUCCUCGUGAAAUAAAGGUUUUCUGUGGCAUAGCUCUCGUGAAAUAUAGCUUUUCUGUGGCAUAGCUCUUGUGAAAUAUAGCUGUUCUGUGGCAUAGCUUCCCGUGAAAUAUAGCUUUUCUGUGGCAUAAUUACUCGUGAAAUAUAGCUUUUCUGUCGCAAAGCUCAUCGUGAAAUAUAGCUUUUCAGUGGCAUAGCUACUCGUGAAAUAUCGCUUUUCUGUGGCAUAAUUACUCGUGAAAUAUAGUUUUUCUGUGGCAUAGCUCCUUGUGAAAUAUAGCUAUUCUAUGGCAUAGCUACCCGUGAAAUAUAGCUUUUCUGUGGCAUAGCUACCCGUGAAAUAUAGCUUUUUCAGCUCCUUUCAUGAAAUAUAUUACAAUCUUCCGAUGAAACAAACAGUUAUACUCUAUGUCAUUGUUUUCUAUCACAUGAUUGGUAGUAUUGUUACUUAUGAACUUUUUGUUUGAAUUAAAAUCGACUUCGAACUUA